AUGAGACAUUUACAUUUAUUCAUUUAGCAGACGCCUUUAUCCAAAGCGGCUUGAUGUAAACCAUGGAAGCAACUGGAACAAAAAUCGCAAGACCGUACAACCGUCUGGACAGUACAGUGAAUGGAUGUAUAAUCGAGUAAAAUAUUGUAAAAUCCUCGGAUUUUCCUAUCGUUGAAAAUGAUUUAAAUAGACUUUCAAAUUCCAGAAAACUGGACCUUACCUUUAAGAAAGUUUUUCAUCUUUGAGUUUCUUUCGUGGAGCUUAUGUCCUGGUAUUGUGUUUGGGGGAAAAAGUGUAGUUUUGGAUUGAAGUGGAAGAAAUCCGGAGAUGCCAAAGCUUUUUACGCAUUUGUGAGAGCGCAUUUUGGAGGGGAUCAAAUCACUUGAACUCUGUUUUGAAACACUUUAACAUAUUUCACGUUGUCAGCAUUUUGUUUUUGUAUUCUAGUAUUGAAUUUAAUAUAUGUUGACGCUUCUGUGCCCAUGUGCAUCUCAAUAAGAGACGAGACAAGAUUACGCGCUGAACUGACCUAAUGUAAGUAAAACGGGUUGUUCUUAUUCCGUAAUAUUUUAAUGCAGUUUUCUUAAUUAAACAAAUUCUUACCUUAUUACAGAACCAGUAUAAGAAGUAUAGAAAUUGCGUUUUUUUUUUUAACUUUCUCCAUUUUAAUUGGACUUUGGACAUACUGAUUGGACUUCUGGUAAGGUGCUCUUUUGUUGUUGUUUUAUCUUGAGAAGCACUUGGAGAAUGCCAUGCUGUGCCAUAAAGAGCCUUUUUAUUCAUUACAGUUUUAGUGGUUUUCUGAAACGAGGAAUGUUUUUGGAAGGAUUAAGCUAGCUGACAUCGAGUCAUAAAUCUGCAUGAGCCUUUCACAAGUUAAACCUGAAACCUGGACUGAAAAUGACUGCAAUUCCAGACGUUUCGUGUCGUUCAGAGACCGGCAUUGAAAUAUGCAACCAGAGCUCUCCACACUAUUCCCCUGAAGCCACCGCUGCGUUUGCCACAGCCAUGAUGCUAGUAAUCCUCUUCACCAUCUUUGGAAACAUUCUGGUAAUCAUCGCCGUUCUGACGUGCCAUUCUCUGCGAGGGCCGCAGAAUCUUUUCCUGGUCUCACUGGCCGCAGCAGACAUUCUGGUGGCCACAUUAAUCAUCCCGUUUACCCUAGCCAAAGAACUCAUGGACUACUGGUACUUCACAUCGGUUUGGUGCGAGAUCAUCUUGGCGCUCGAUGUGCUCUUCUGUACCUCCUCCAUCAUACACCUGUGUGCCAUCAGCCUGGACCGAUACCUUUCUGUCUCCCAGCCGAUCCUGUACGGCACCCAGCGGACUCCUCGCAAGAUCAAAGGGGCAAUUCUGGUGGUGUGGCUCAUCUCUGCUGUCAUCUCAUUCCCCCCUCUUAUCUCCAUGAACAAAACUCAGGAGCCCGAGGGAGGGGAUGGCCCACAAUGUGAACUGAAUAAUGAGCCGUGGUACAUCCUCUACUCCUCCAUCGGGUCCUUCUUCGCUCCCUGCCUCAUCAUGAUCCUGGUGUAUGUUCGCAUCUACCAGAUCGCCAAGAAGCACACGCAAUGUCCUCCAGGAGAGCCCAGGAAGGAUGGAGCGGGUGCCAUCCCACAGGCAGCAGUCCAAAGAGGCUCACUAGACAACGGCAAAGCACAGGGAGGUGUCAAUCUUGUGAAUGCCUCCAUUCUGGCUCCCUCGUCCUCCGUUCAGCCUGCUCUCAGAACCGAAACGGUUACAUACCAGCCGCAUCUACCCGCCGUCGAAACCCAGCAGCAGAUGAAACCCCCGAAGAAGAAAAGGGGCAACAACAAUGAGGACAGUUCAAGUUCUGGCUCAGAUGAAGAGGUUGAGAGGAGACACGAUGCCAACGGGACGACCUCCAAUGUGGGGACGCUGGAUCCCGGCCACCAAACUUCCCCAGUCCUGACGUACAGGAACGUAAUCGCUACAUCAAAGGGGAUCCAGUUGGCAUCUCCAAACAUCCAGCAGACACCCGCCGGGACGCCAAACACAAGGAAAAAAGCCAUGAUCAACCGAGAGAAGCGCUUCACCUUUGUUCUGGCGGUUGUUAUUGGAGUUUUCGUAAUCUGCUGGUUUCCAUUUUUUUUCACCUACAGCUUGACGGCCGUUUGUCCGAAGGCCUGUAAGGUGCCCGAACCACUGUUUAAAUUCUUCUUCUGGAUUGGCUACUGUAACAGCGCCCUGAAUCCGUUAAUCUAUACCAUCUUUAACAGGGACUUUCGGAAAGCAUUCAAAAAGAUUUUGUGCAAAAAGUGUAAUGUUUUUUCCUUUUUAAGAAAUCAAUCCUUCACUAUAGAGCAGUGAUUCUUCUGAACGUGAAAAUGUGUCAGUCAUCCCCCCAAAAAAAUGUGUCAUAAAGAAAUGGAAGGCCCAAGCAUCCCCACUUGUGUCCAGAUAUCCAAAAUAAAAUUGUAAAUAACAGUAAUGACUUUAGAAAGUGGAUUUUGAAAACUGAUUUUGGGUUUAAAUACAGCCUGGUUGUGGUGUGGACAGAGUUCAGAACAUUCAAAGGAAAUGUACAGAUUUGAUUAUUCUUUUACUUUUCUGGAUUGUUCUCAUCUUUAUGAGAUUCUUUCGAAGUUUCUUAACUGAUCAUUUUCCUUUUGCAUCGUAUCAAAGAAGCUCUAAAGUCUCUGUAUUUUAGCGUUGCACUUUCAAAGACAAUGCGACUCUUUUCUUGAGACACCUUUGGCUGUGGCGCACUGCGAGAUCAUAGAGCGGCAUGACAGAAGAUUUCAGAAAGCUUCUCUUCAUCUCUGGGGGAGCGCCGGGAGCUCUUAAAGCCCGAGAGGAGAACUUCUAUCUCAUGGGUGGAUAGAAGAAAGGACAUGUAUAAAUGUAUAGGUUUAAAAUACAGUUUGAACAUUCUCUGCUUGGAUUAAAAGCAUGGCCUUAUCUCUGCCUGUUUCAGUUGUUUUUUCUGCUUGCAGAUUUCAGUAAUGAGCGUCAGAUUUCCUGAAAUCCAGACAAGAGAGAAGUCUGCUUAGUCUCUUAUGACUUAAUUUGACUGGUUCUGAUUGAGGCAAAUGGACUUUAGGUCUGGAGCGUGACUGUCAGAACCCCUCGUGGUGUAAAAAGAAGAGAGGGCAAUAAUAUAAAUGAAUUAUGCACUGAUUAAUGCCUCUUGAUUAAAUUUUAUUACUUUAUUGCUGUCGCAGGAAUACUUGUGUACUUUGAGUUAAAUUCUAAAUGGUGUGUGUGUGUGCAAUGUGCAUGUGAGUGAGAGAGCAGAUAAUUGGCACUAGCCAUGUACAUAUAUACACACAUUUACAUUUACAUUUACGCAUUUGGCAGAUGCUUUUAUCCAAAGCAACUUACAUUGCUUUAUCCUAUACAUUUUACAUAGGUAUUUGCAAUCCCCUGGGAUCGAACCCACAACCUUGCAUUGUUAACGCAAUGCUCUUAACACUGAGCUACAGGAAAAAUGUACCAGCAUGCCUUUACCUACAAAAGUGCUUUUUGAUUUUUUUUCUCUAUUUCGUGUCCUAUUAAAAUGAA